CAUGUCGUAUAUAUUUACGGUGUUCAUUUGUUAUUUGAACACGAGUUCAGUAGAUACACCAUAUCGUUGGUUUGUUCGUUUUAUUGGCUAAAAUGAGUACCCAACGCGGCAGUGGUCCAACAAGAAAACGAUCGCAAAAGCAUAAGAACAGCUUUGCAUUUAAAAAUGAUUUGCACGAUAAAACACCACAAAUGAAAAAGAUCAAUCAACUCAAUGUUUGCGAGGUGUGCGAACGAUGCAAGGCACAAAUCGAAUGGAAAAUAAAGUAUAAGAAAUACAAACCACUUUCACAGGCCAAAACAUGCAUUAAGUGCGGUAACCGUACCGUCAAAAAGGCGUACCAUGUUGCUUGUAAGGAUUGUGCUAAGAAGGAGAAAAUAUGCGCCAAAUGCCUCAAGUCAGCUGAAAUGGUUUCCAUUGAACCGCCAGAACCUACACCAGAAGAACAGCUACAAUUGAAGGUUGAAAUGGAUCGGUUAAUAAAAUCAUUGCCAGAGAGGAAACGUAGAACGUUCCUACGAUUCAUGAAAAAGGGUAAAGAAGUCGAGAAGGACGAUGAUGAAGAUGGUGGCAAUGUGAAUGAUGAUCCUGAAGUGAAAGAAACAGUCAGAAUUCCACAUAGUCGAGCGGACCUUCUAAGUAAAUUUGAAUCAUUGAAAGUAACUGAGGAUAGUGAUGAAGAUGGUGAUUAUGAUGAGGACGACGAUUCUGACUUUGAUUUCGAAGACGGUAGUUCCAGUGACGAGCCAUCGUAGAUGUGUACAGGGGUGGUAUCACAGUUUUACAGUUCGAAUGCGCCGUGAUAAAUACCAAAAUUAUUCGAAUCAUUUCCACGUGUAAUUUUAGCAAGUUAAGUGUUCAACAUUUUACGGCGGGUGUUUGUUAUGCCAGGUGCAAAGGGAUCCGUUUUGGUAAUUUUAUUUUUGAAUAAAAAGUAUUUUACCGUAAAA